AUGGGCUCGAACGGCCCCGUCCAUGCGGUGACGUACUCUGCAUCACCCGGAACCUACAUCCUCACCGGGUCCGCUGACCGCACCAUCCGGCUGUACAACCCGCAGCCCACCACCACCGCCUCCGCCUCCUCCGACGCGGCCUCGCUGCCGCAGGGCCGGCUCAUCCAGGCCUACGAGGCGCACGGCUACGAAGUUCUCGGCCUCGCCGUCGCCUCCAGCAACACCGCCUUCGCCUCGUGCGGCGGCGACCGCGCCGUCUUCCUCUGGGACGUCGCCUCCGCCGUCACCACGCGGCGCUUCGGCGGCGGCGGCGCCCACGGGCACACCUCGCGCGUCAACUGCGUCGCCUUCGCCGGCGACGGCGACGGCAUCCUCGCCAGCGGCGGCCUCGACACCACCGACGGCGCGUGCCUGCGCGCGUACGAGGCGGCGGGGUGGCGCAACGAGGAGCUCCGCGUGCAGUCGAUCCUCGGCGGCAAGGAGCGCUACGUGCUGGUGGGGGACGAGAUGACCGGGGAGGAGGAGCGGUCGCGGGGGGAGGGCAGGGUGCUGGCGUGGGACUUGCUGACGGGCAAGCUGGCGGGCAAGGUCGCGGUGCCGUGGGGGCCGAAGGGGUACGAGGCGCGGAGGAGGGCGGUUGGAAGGGACGGCAAGGACAGGCCGAGGAAGAACGUGGUCAGCUGCAUGGCGUGGAGGGACGACGGCUGGGGAGAUCAGUUUUGCGUGGGAGGCACGUCGGGCGUUGUCACUGUGUUUGCUGCUUGA